GUCAAGGGGCCAGCAGAGAUAUCACUCUGUCCUUCUCUCGUUGUGGAUCUCACUCACAGCUGGCAUUAGUGCUAUAACAAUGGCUUCUGCUGCACCUGGUGUGCCCGUUGUGGUAGCCCAGGCUCCGGUUCCGGCCAAAUCUCCAAAGAAGAAAGCCAAGGUGUCUCAGAAGAAGGCUAGUCCUACAGUGUCAGACCUGAUACUGAAGGCAGCGGCCUCUGCAGGACGUGGCGGUCUGUCCCUGCCAGGCCUGAAGAAGGCUUUGAAGGCCGGGGGAUAUGACGUGGAAAAGAACAAAACCAGACUCCUCAUCGCCAUCAAACGCUUGGUGGCCAGCAAAACCCUGGUCCGAAACAAGGGCUCCUUCAAGCUGAACAAGAACCCCCCCAAACCUCGCAAGAAGAAGGUGACCAAGAAGAAGCCAAAAAAAGCCAAAAAGCCCAAGAAGACCAAGAAGGUCAAGAAGGCCAGCCCCAAGAAGAAAGCCAAGAAGGCACCUAAGAAAAAGAAGGCCGCUGUGUCCAAGAAGGCAAAGAGUCCUAAGAAGGUCAAACCCAAGGCCGCCAAGGCUGCCAAGCCCAAGGCUGCUGCCAAGCCUAAGGCUGCCAAACCCAAGGCUGCCGCCAAACCUAAGGCUGCCAAACGGGCUGCUGCCAAGAAGUGAACUCUCUCUUAAUGGACAGUGAAUGCGACCAAACGCCUUUCUGGUGGCGCUGAAUUUAUGUGUGGACCAAAAUGCUGCAUUCAUUCCAAGAACUUGAGCUUGCUUUGGCGAUUUUACAGUUUUUCUAUAAUAGAAAACACUGAACCUGCUGUUUUUGUCACCAUAUGCUGUGGUUUGUAAAGAAUGUUAUAGCAGUUGUAGAAAAUAAUAAACCUAUUUUAAUUUA